GGCAAGUGUACUGGAGUGGGUUGCCAUUGCCUUCUCCGAUGUAGCUAUAAACAGAAUUAAAAGGAAAAUAGACUGAAAAAGGUUACGUUACAUAUGACAGAAGAUGGGUGAUAAUUAAAAUUAAAAACUGUCAAUAAAAAAGACUAUAAUCCUAAUGUAAAAAAUAUCAGCAUGGUGUAUUGAUUCAUGUUCAUAUUAGUAAAAGAAGUGAAUGUGAAACCUGUUAUUUCAGUAGUGACAAAUUAAAUGAGAUGCUCUCUUUGUAAGGAUAGAAAAGAUUAAAAACAAUCUUGUUGACAGGUUGUGUGGAAAUGGGAAAUCAUAUACAGUUUUGGUGGUCAUUUAAACUGGUAAUUCUUAUCUGUAGAGAAGCCUUUAAAAAAGUACACACUCUUUGUGUGUGAAAUAAUAUGACAAGUAUGCAAAGAACACAAGUGUAUUUACAGUAGCAUUGUUUACAAUGGGGGAAGAAAGGUAACAUCCUAAUUGACAAUGAUCAGAUUUGUCAGAUUACGAUAUAUACAUAUAAAAGAAUGAUAUGCAUUAUUAAAAAUGGUUCAGAUGUAGAUGUAUUGAAGUAGAAUGAUGUUCCUGAUUUACCACUUGUUGAGGAGAACAGGCUACAGAGUUCCUGUUUUUAGAAACUUGUAUGUUUAUAUAUCCAUAUCUUUUAACAUAUUUGUGAAAUAUAAUUGUUAUCUCUGAGUGGUGUUACAGGUGAUUUUUGUUUUAUAUUUCUACAGUGAACAUAUAUACAUUUUACUUCACAGUAAAUAUUUUUUUCUGGUAACAAACCUCUUGAUGUAUACUGUAAUAUUUAGAAGUUGCAUCAAUAAGUAAUAUAUAUAGUCCUUCUAAUCACCCACUAUUUUCCCCCUGAUGUAUAUACACCUACAGUUAUAUUUUCCCUGCUAUAAAAUUAGAAAUGAGUGAUAGAGUUGAUGGAAAAACUUAACUUGUGGCUUUGACCCAGAUGUAAACUUUCUUGGAUAAGAGUGACUUUGUCAGUAGAGCUGCCGAGGUGGCAGCACAUCACUAAUAAAGCAGCAGUCUCUUUCCCUGGCUGGAUUCUCCAAGUCUGUAUGGUUCCACUGAAACGUCCUGGGCUUAAUUUAAAAAUCUACCCUAUGGGUUUUUCCCUCCAAGCACAUCCUUACGCUGAGCCUUUGCAAAUUUCAUGCUCCAGUGAUUCAAGGAGAUAGAAUUGCUUUUUUCCUUUUUAAUUGAGUUACUAUUAGUAUUUGUGGGGGUCAGAAUUAGGUGAAUUGGUGGUUCAUUAAGCAGUAAUACCCAAGUACGGGCUUCCAGAGAAAUGGUGAGGGAUGGUAUAACUGGUUCACUCUUGGAUUUUGGUCCUCAGGCUAAAUUUAUGGCUAAGUGGAGACCAUGUUUUAUGAAGACUUUUUUUUUUCUCUUGGCAAAGCAAGAUGUGGAGAAUUCAAAAUUAGUGUGCUCAAUGCUGAGAUUGUCUAUAGAUGGAGAUGUCCACAUGUUUCCCAGAGAUCUUUCUGUUCUAGGAGUUAUGGUUUGCCGGUUGCUCCUGAACCUGCCGGAUGCACACCAGAAUCACCUGGGGAGAUUAUUAAAAAUACAGAAUCUUGGGCCCCACCCCCGGAGACUGUGAAUCAUCGCUCCCCAAGCAGGGAGAAGAAGAGAGCUCGCUGGGAGGACGAAAAAGACAGAUGGAGUGACAUCCAGGGCUCUGGCAAAGAGAAAAACUAUACCUCAAUCAAGGAAAAGGAGCCAGAGGAGGCGCUGCCUGAGAAACACGAGGAGGAGGAGGAGGAGCUCCCUAAGCCCGUGUGGAUUCGGUGCACCCACUCAGAAAACUACUACUCCAGUGACCCCAUGGAUCAGGUGGGAGAUUCUACUGUAGUUGGAACAAGUAGGCUCCGUGACUUAUAUGACAAAUUUGAGGAAGAGUUGGGGAGCAGGCAGGAGAAGGCCAAAGCUGCUCGACCCCCAUGGGAGCCUCCCAAGACGAAGCUAGAUGAAGAUUUAGAGAGUUCCAGUGAAUCCGAAUGCGAGUCCGAUGAGGACAGCACCUGCUCUAGCAGCUCAGACUCUGAAGUUUUCGACGUCAUUGCAGAAAUCAAACGUAAAAAGGCCCAUCCUGACCGGCUCCAUGAUGAACUUUGGUACAACGACCCAGGCCAGAUGAAUGAUGGCCCACUCUGCAAAUGCAGCGCAAAAGCGAGACGCACGGGCAUCAGGCACAGCAUUUAUCCCGGAGAAGAGGCCAUCAAGCCCUGUCGUCCUAUGACCAACAAUGCUGGCAGGCUUUUCCACUAUCGAAUUACAGUCUCACCUCCCACAAACUUUUUAACUGACAGGCCAACUGUUAUCGAAUACGAUGAUCACGAGUAUAUCUUUGAAGGAUUUUCUAUGUUUGCACACGCCCCCCUGACCAAUAUUCCACUGUGUAAAGUAAUUAGAUUCAACAUAGACUACACGAUUCAUUUCAUCGAAGAGAUGAUGCCUGAGAAUUUUUGUGUGAAAGGACUUGAACUCUUUUCAUUAUUCCUAUUCAGAGAUAUUUUGGAAUUGUAUGACUGGAAUCUCAAAGGUCCUUUGUUUGAAGACAGUCCUCCCUGCUGUCCAAGAUUUCAUUUCAUGCCACGUUUUGUAAGAUUUCUUCCAGAUACUUUCAAACAGAUUUCCAAAAUGAUGGUACCUUUUCACUGUCCCACGUGCAGUAUAGACGGAGGAAAAGAAGUGCUGUCCAUGCACCAGAUCCUACUUUACUUACUACGCUGUAGCAAAGCCCUGGUUCCCGAAGAGGAGAUUGCCAAUAUGCUUCAGUGGGAAGAGCUCGAGUGGCAGAAAUACGCAGAAGAAUGCAAAGGCAUGAUCGUCACCAACCCUGGAGCGAAACCAAGCUCUGUCCGCAUCGAUCAACUGGAUCGUGAACAGUUCAACCCUGAUGUGAUUACUUUUCCGAUUAUCGUUCACUUUGGGAUACGCCCUGCACAGUUGAGUUAUGCUGGAGACCCACAGUACCAGAAACUGUGGAAGAGUUACGUUAAGCUUCGCCACCUACUAGCAAAUAGUCCAAAAGUCAAACAGACUGACAAGCAAAAGCUCGCACAGAGGGAGGAAGCACUCCAAAAAAUACGACAGAAGAACACUAUGAGGCGAGAAGUAACGGUGGAGCUGAGUAGCCAAGGCUUCUGGAAAACUGGCAUCCGUUCUGAUGUCUGUCAGCAUGCCAUGAUGCUGCCGGUUCUGACCCAUCAUAUUCGCUACCACCAGUGCCUAAUGCAUCUGGACAAGUUGAUAGGAUAUACUUUCCAAGAUCGUUGUCUGUUACAGCUGGCCAUGACCCACCCAAGUCAUCACUUGAAUUUUGGAAUGAAUCCUGAUCAUGCCAGGAAUUCUUUGUCUAACUGUGGAAUUCGGCAGCCCAAAUAUGGAGAUAGAAAAGUUCAUCACAUGCACAUGCGAAAAAAAGGGAUUAACACCUUAAUAAAUAUUAUGUCACGCCUUGGCCAAGAUGACCCAACUCCCUCAAGGAAGCAGACUUGGAUGGAAGGUGGAGAGAGCAGGGUUAGAAGUGAAGCACUGCUGCGGCUGGUAAUGGCCUCUUCAGCGAGGAUUAAUCACAACGAACGGUUGGAGUUCCUGGGUGAUGCUGUUGUUGAAUUUCUGACCAGUGUCCAUUUGUACUAUCUGUUUCCCAGUCUGGAAGAGGGGGGAUUAGCAACAUAUCGGACCGCCAUCGUUCAGAACCAGCACCUUGCCAUGCUAGCCAAGAAACUUGAACUGGAUCGGUUUAUGCUUUAUGCUCAUGGACCUGACCUUUGUAGAGAAUCAGACCUUCGGCAUGCAAUGGCUAAUUGUUUUGAAGCAUUAAUAGGAGCUGUUUACUUGGAGGGAAGCCUGGAGGAAGCCAAGCAGUUAUUUGGACGCUUACUCUUUAAUGAUCCGGACCUGCGCGAAGUCUGGCUCAAUUAUCCUCUCCACCCACUCCAGCUUCAAGAGCCAAAUACUGAUCGACAACUUAUUGAGACUUCUCCAGUUCUACAGAAACUUACUGAAUUUGAAGACGCAAUUGGAGUAAUUUUUACGCAUGUUCGACUUUUGGCAAGAGCAUUCACAUUGAGAACUGUGGGAUUUAACCAUCUGACCCUAGGCCACAAUCAGAGGAUGGAAUUCCUUGGUGACUCCAUAAUGCAGCUGGUAGCCACAGAGUACUUAUUCAUUCAUUUUCCAGAUCAUCAUGAAGGACACUUAACUCUGUUGCGAAGCUCUUUGGUGAAUAACAGAACUCAGGCCAAGGUGGCGGAGGAACUGGGCAUGCAGGAAUACGCCAUCACCAACGACAAGACCAAAAGACCUGUUGCCCUGAGAACCAAGACCUUGGCUGACCUUUUAGAAUCAUUUAUUGCAGCAUUGUACAUUGAUAAAGACUUGGAAUACGUUCAUACUUUCAUGAAUGUUUGUUUCUUUCCACGAUUAAAAGAAUUCAUUUUGAAUCAGGAUUGGAAUGACCCCAAGUCCCAGCUUCAGCAGUGCUGCCUGACUCUUAGGACGGAAGGAAAAGAACCAGACAUUCCGCUGUACAAGACUCUGCAGACAGUGGGGCCAUCCCAUGCUAGGACCUAUACUGUGGCUGUCUACUUCAAGGGAGAAAGAAUUGGCUGUGGGAAAGGACCGAGUAUUCAGCAAGCAGAAAUGGGAGCAGCAAUGGAUGCACUUGAAAAAUAUAACUUUCCCCAGAUGGCCCAUCAGAAGCGGUUCAUUGAACGGAAAUACAGACAAGAGUUAAAAGAAAUGAGGUGGGAAAGAGAGCAUCAAGAGAAAGAGCCAGAUGAGACCGAAGACAUAAAGAAAUAAAGGAAGGCAUGGACGGAAGUGGUGGUGUAUUUACUUGCCUAAUAACUGUGACUGUUGCCCAUUGAGACCUAGCCUAGUUUUUGUGGAGACACUGAAUGAAGGCUGCCCAUUGAAAUAAAACACAAAGUCACAUCAUUCUCGUUUUACUGAUCUCGUAUUUGGUUUUUAGCUGGAUGGGGUUUAUUACAAAAUAUUUGAUUUCUAUUUAAUGUAAAGCUUCACUUGGGUAAAUGUGUGUAUUCCCUUUUAUUUUGCUUUUUAAACAAUAAAAUUAAAAAUGUG